AAUUUAGCAGAAAAAUAUCCAACAAUUGCUAAGACUUUAUUGAUGGCUCUUUUUUAUUCUCCAUUAUUACCAGCAUGUUCAUUUUUUGCACUUAUUAGUAUCAGUGGAAUCUACUGGAUUGAAAAGAUCUUGUUAUUAAGAAGAGAUUCAAAACCUUUACCUACAGGCAGUGAUAUGGCCUAAGCAAUGGUUGAAUUCUAUAUUGAUCUAUCGAUACUCCUUUAUAGUGUAUAUAAGUGUUAUUAUAUUUUGAUUAGUUGGGCAAUUGUAUUUGGGAAUAUAUCAUAUUUGAAACUAUGCAUUGGUCAACAUGGAUAUCUUUCAUCAUUUGCUCUCUAUUCUAUUUAUUUCCUAAAGAUAGACUCUUAGAUUGUAUCUUUAAGAUUGGAGUUGACAAUGCAACAUAAGAAUCAUAUGAUCUUAAGUAUCCUACUUUCUUAGAUGAUUAUGAUCGAAGAAAUCCAGUUACUGCUGAAGAAGCUAAAAGAAUUUGGAUAGAAAGUUAAUAAUAAUAAUCAAAUUUGGAUAUGUAACAACUUAAUCAAAUGUAUUUCAAUACUUCUAUUAUUAGAAUGUCAGCUAAACAACUUGAUGUUUCCAUCUAUCGUUAUCAUUUUAAUAUAAUGUAAUAAUAAUCCAGAUAACAAUUUCUUAUGACUCAUCAUAGAUCUUUUCUUAAAGUUCAUCCAGAAUUCAAAACAGAAAAUAAUUAUAAUCUUAAAAAGCUUUAAUAUUGA